UUUGACUACUGUUUGGCCACAAUUCAAGAAGUAUCGCAAAAUGGUAGUCUAGCUUUUCCAACAAACAGAGAGCACCUGAAAUUGGCUUGUAGGAAAUUAAAAGAAGGCGUCGUCUGUGCCGACAAUCAUAUGAAGAACUGUACGAAUAGGAGUCAGAAGAUGUUAUACGAAGAGAUUGUCAACGGAACCAAACAAGUGCUGAACCUCUUGUGCCAAAGCGGACACUUCCAGAACAAUUAUCUACAUUACGCUGAAUGCUUUAAAAACGUAUCGACAUCUCAACAAAAAUGUGCGCCAAUAUUGGAUAAAGUGAAGAAUAUGUCAAUUGAUCCGCAAUUGACAUCAGACAUGGAGGCAGAGCUUAAAAAGUUUUGCUGCGCAUUUCAAGAGUCAGUCGACUGUCAAAUUGAUUUUGUCGGUCGCGAUUGUGGCCAAAAAGCGGUAAACUUUUUUGAAACAUAUCUCAAACAGAUAUCGUCAUCACUGAUGCAUCAACACUGUAUAUCCUAUACAUACUCUGGUAGCUUGACUAUCAUAUUCAUUAACAAUCAUUUUAUUAAUUAA